GUCUUCUAAAAUCUUUCCUACACUUCAACUUCACCACACAUUGUCCAGGCAUGAAACGUAGGCCCAUCGCCCACCAUUCAUAACAUUUUCCUUACGUGUAUUCCAAACCCCCACCCAUUCUCCUUCUCUCCUUCCCCACUUCUUUAUAUUAUAAAAUCUUUUCCACUUCCUCACAAAUCCCUUCUAUAUUCAUCAUGGACACUCCUUCUCCUCGUAAUUACACUAAAGAAGAGCCAUCUGAAAUGAGUUACAGGAACUUUUCACAAGCCGUUCGAAGAAUUAAAGCAAGCAGCAAGGCAACUGGGUUGCAUGGCUCUUCAGAUGUUAGUAGUAUUAAUGAGGGUGAGUUAGUUUUGCAGAAUAAGGAUAAGGAUAAUUAUAGCGUUAAUGGCGGACGUGAGAGGCUGAAGAGACAUAGAGAAGAAGUGGCGGGGAGUGUGUUGAUACCGGAUCAAUGGGGGCAAGAAGAAAUGCUUAAAGAUUGGACUGAUUGUUCUGCUUUUGAAGCUUUGUUGGUUCCUAAUAAGAUCGCUUCUGCUCGUAAAGCUCUUGUUGCGGAUCAUGGACGUGGAGCCAGUCGUGCUUCCACUUCUACUUCUCCUCAUCAACAACGUCUGAGGAUAGAGAGUAGGUGUUAAAUUAUCGAUCAUUAUUAUUAUUUUUUAGAAGCCAGUGGUUAAUUCUCUUAGAUCUCGAUCUCUUGUUGGGUUUUGUAUCAUAUUACUAUUAUCAGAAUUUCUCUGACCUCUUCGCUAGUCAGUUUAGAGAAUAAACAAGCGUUCGGCCGAAGAAUGAAUUAUGCCUAGUACUGUAUAUUUUGCUACUCUUAUUAGUUAUCAUAUUAAUUCUUGUGUACUGGCUUCAUGAUGUUGAUGAUAAGCAAAUUUUUAACAGUUGUUUUUGUAA